AUGCUCCGUCGCCUGCGCGUCCCCGCCGCCGUGCGCCGUCUGUCCAGCACGACGCAAUCGCUGCUGCCCAACUACCGCCGCAUGAUCCUCGAGUCGCGCGUGUAUGACGUGGCGGAGCAGACGCCGCUGCAGGAGGCGCCGGCUCUGUCCCACGCGCUGCAGAACCGCGUGUUACUCAAGCGCGAAGACCUGCAGCCGGUCUUCAGCUUCAAGAUCCGAGGCGCGUACAACAAAAUGUCAAACUUGACAGACGAGGAGAAGGUCGCGGGCUGUGUGUGUUGCUCGGCUGGGAACCACGCCCAGGGCGUGGCUUUGUCGUCACGCAAGCUCGGAAUCCGCGCCAAAAUCGUCAUGCCAUUGGCCACGCCCGACAUUAAAGUGAGCGCUGUGCGUCACCAUGGAGGAGACGCGGUGGACGUGGUGCUCCAUGGCAAGACGUUCGACGACGCGGCCGCAGAAGCUCGGAGAUUGGUGCAGGAGGAGCACCUCACGUUGAUUUUGCCGUUUGACGACCCGCACGUGAUUGCUGGACAAGGCACGGUUGGUCUGGAGAUCUUGCAGCAGACGAGCGGAUCAGGAGAGGAGCUGGAGGCCAUUUUUGUCCCGUCGGGAGGAGGCGGGAUGCUCGCGGGUAUUGCAGCGUGGGUCAAGCAGAUCCGACCGAGCGUUAAGGUCAUUGGUGUCGAGGCAGCUGAUGCCGCGGGCAUGACGGCGUCACUGGCAGCUGGAAAGAUUGUCGAGCUUGACCGGAUCGGGCUCUUUGCUGACGGCGCAGCGGUGAAACGUGUGGGAGCCGAGACGUUUCGAGUUUGUGCCGAGUAUGUUGACGAGAUGGUGACAGUGUCAACGGACGAGAUUUGCGCUGCUAUCAAAGCAGGUUUCAAUGACACCCGCGCGAUUCUCGAGCCGGCGGGUGUGCUCUCGAUUGCCGGUAUGAUGCAGUACGCCAAGACGCGCGGCCUAUCGGGCUGUCAGUUUGUUGCUGUGACGUCUGGAGCAAACAUGGACUUUGCUCGUCUGCGGUUCGUGUCUGAGCGUGCAGACUCACACGAGCGACUGCUGGCCGUGGAGAUUGACGAGACACCUGGUGCCUUUUUGCGCCUCAACCGCCGUUUGGACGCCGCGGGUGUUCGUAUCACUGAGUUCAGUUACCGCUAUGACGAUGCUCGGAAGGCGCGAGUGCAUUUGUCGUUCCACUCGCCAUCUUCGGAACACGCCACUGCUGCGAUCCGUGAGCUGCAGGAGGACGAUUCGCCAUCGGGCUUUGCACUUGGUGGUGCCUACCACGUGCUAGACCUGUCGGACAACGAGCUGGCCAAGGUCCACACGCGAUACUUGGCUGGUGGCCGAGCUCGUGGUAACGUGCGAGACGAACUGCUGUAUCGCUUCGAGUUCCCAGACCGCCCACGGGCUCUAGGUACAUUUUUGGAGGCGCUGCAGAGCUCGUGGAACAUCAGUCUGUUCCACUACCGCAAUCACGGCGCCGAUGUCGGUCGGGUACUUGUGGGCUUCCAGGUUGCUGAGGAGGACCACAGUCGCUUUCGAGAUUUCUUUGAACCAGUUGGCUUACGUCUUUCACGAGGAAACAGACAACCAAAUGUACCAAGAGCUGUUGCUUUGAGCGGGAAUGCACGAUGA